GUCAAAACUGAAAAUAAGGUAUCGAUACGUGGCGUUACCAGAGAAAUUUAGCCCAAGCCAACAGAAAAAUGCAAUAUACAUAUGCUUUAUCAUAUCUUAUAUGUAUUUCAUAACUUUAUUUAUGGAAAUAACUAAUAAGGUGUAAGUAACACAAGGGAUAAAAUGGCGGAAAGGAAUAAAAAAUGUGGAUCUGGAAAUCUUACCAAGUGGAAGAUAGUGGUGGUGUUUUCUUCAUUAUUGUUUCUGUGUUUUGUGAUACAUGUGACAGAAGCUAAUGAAGGAGAACAUGAGAACAAAAAACAGAAGAAGGAGGAAUCAGGUUUGGAUGAUAUUAUUAAAGAUUUUGAAAGUUUUGUAGAUGAAAUGGAUGAACAUGUGAAAGAAGAUGAUUCAAAAGACAUAUUAAGCAUUAAUUUAGGUGAAAAACUUGAUAGAUCUGUAAAAAAUGAUAAUCAUAAAUCCUCAGUAAUAGAGGAAAAUGAUGUGAAUGUAAAUAAAGAAGUUUCUUCAGGAUUUGAGCAACAUAGUCCUAAAAAAGACCAAAUGCAAAAAGCUUAUGAUAAAUUGCAAUCUCAAAAUACAAAUAUCAAUACUAAAAAUGAGAAAGUUACAUCUGAAAAGAUAGACAAAAACCCCAUCCAUUUAGACUCUAAACCCAAACAUAAUGCAGAGGAAGGGAAGAGCAAUAUUCCACAUGCAGCUCAAGAACAGACCUCAGAUGUAGGAAAUGAACUCUUGUAUGGUCAAGAAAAUACACCCUUUUCUAACAAUGACGAGAUAGAGUCAUCUGAAAAAGAAUCCUCCUCAACAAUCAGUCCCUCAGAGCCUUCUGUUGACCCCCCAGUGGAGGAUAACCCCUCUACCCCAUCUCCAUCAGAGGACAACCCCUCUAGCCAAUCACUAGUAAAUGACAGCCCCUCUGAUAAAUCUUCAGUGGAGGAAAAUUCCCCCUUUCAACCCUCAGUGGAAGAUGAUCCCUCAGCCCAACCCCCAGUGAACAGUCAGUCCUUAGAAGAUGAGGAAACUGAGGGAGAAGUACAAGAAGAACUCACAGAGGAACAACGUCAAGCUCAAGAAUAUUUUAAUAAGGGAGAAGCUCUUAUAAAUCAGACAUACAGCAAAGAUCACCAACAGGCAAUGGAGUAUUUCCAGUUGGCUGCCAAAUUGAACCAUACGCAGGCACUGGAACAUGUGGCUUUUGCUUAUGUUCUCGGAGACUACUUGCCACAUAACAUAGAAAAAGCAAAAGCUAUUUUCCAGGAUCUGGCAGCCAGGGGUUCCCCUAAAGGACAGCUGGGUAUGGCAUUCCUAUACAGUACGGGGAUAGGAGUGAAUUCCAGUCAGGCAAAGUCUCUUGUAUAUUUCACUUUCGCUGCACUUGGAGGAGAUCCUUUAUCUCAAAUGGCUUUGGGUUACCGGUAUUGGUCAGGGGUAGGUGUGGAGAGAAAAUGUGAGACCGCCUUAACAUAUUACAGAAAGGUGGCAACAACAGUGGCAGAUGCAGUGACCCUGUCUGGGGGCCCUGUCAUUCAGAGAAUUCGACUCCAGGAGGAGGCAGAGAACCAAGUGACUGGACAGAGUAUGAUGAUGGACGACGACCUGCUUCAGUAUUACCACUUCCUGGCCGACAAAGGGGACGUCCAGGCCCAGGUGGUGCUGGGGCAGCUCUACUUCCAGGGAGGGAGGGGCGUUGGCAUCAAUCACGAGAGAGCCCUGCACUAUUUCCUGAUGGCAGCAGAGUCUGGUAAUGCCAAUGCUUUCGCUUUUCUUGGAAAGAUGUACUCAGAGGGCAGCCCUGCAGUAAAACAAAGUAACGAGACAGCAUUUAAUUACUUCAAAAAAGCUGCUGACAAGGGCAAUCCCGUGGGACAGACAGGACUGGGGAUGCUGUACAUGUAUGGAAAAGGGGUAGACAAGGAUUUUACUAAGGCACACAAGUAUUUUAGUUUGGCUGCUGACCAGGGUUGGGUAGAUGGACAGUUACAGCUGGCUCUGAUGCAUUAUGGUGGUAAGGGAGUGCGUCGGGAUUACAAGCUGGCAGUCAAGUAUUUUAACCUGGCCUCACAGGGUGGACACUUGCUGGCCUUCUAUAAUCUGGCUCAGAUGCAUGCCACUGGUACAGGGGUACUCAGAAACUGUCACACUGCGGUAGAGCUGUUUAAAAAUGUGGCUGAGAGAGGCCGGUGGGCAGAAAUGUUACCUGAGGCAUACAACAUGUACAAAGAGGGUCACGUCUCCCAGGCCCUCAUGAAGUAUGUCUUCCUGGCGGAGUUAGGGUAUGAGGUGGCUCAGUCCAAUGUAGCCUAUAUGUUAGACCAAGGGGAUACUGGGAUGUUUGAAGAUACAGAGGUAUUACAGAGGGCCCUGCUUCAGUGGACGCGGGCAGCCUCUCAGGGUUCCACUGUGGCCCGCGUUAAGAUGGGCGACUAUCAUUACUAUGGAUUUGGUACGAAGAUUGACUAUGAGACAGCUGCUAGUCAUUAUCGCCUGGCCUCUGAACAACAACACAGUGCCCAGGCCAUGUUUAAUCUGGGAUAUAUGCAUGAACAAGGACUUGGUCUAAAACAGGAUGUACACCUGGCCAAAAGAUUUUAUGACAUGGCAGCAGAAACCAGUGUGGAUGCUCAUAUUCCUGUCUCUCUAGCCCUCGUCAAACUGGGUUUAUUUUACGGUCUGGAUGUGUUUAGUAAAGAGAUUGAGGAUUACCAAAGACUUUUUUCUAAGCUGGACCCUCGAUUUCACUUGGGACCUGACUGGGACAUCUAUUUAAUGACAUUCCUUGCUCUUCUCCUUGGAUUUAUUGUAUUAUUACGCAGAGUUAGGUGACACCUGCACUAAUUACAAUAAACAAUGCACUGUUAUAUAAAGAAGAUGCCAUAUUUAUCAUUAAUCAAAGAGAAGCAGGUGAAAAAAAAAAAUGUUCUUCAAAUGAAAAAUAGGUUUUCUUUGAAAAAUGAUGUUAGAUUUCCUUUUGUAAUGUUAUAAUUGACUUCAGACUGUUAGAUAUUUAUUAUAUAUUACCUUCUGUGUAUCACUCAAUUUUACUGUUGAUUUCACACAAUCGUGACAGUGUGAUCACCAGUUCUCUGGUUUUCUAAAUCCACAUCACCCCUCUUUCAAUCUGAUGAUGUAGUACACAGUAUACAUUGUGUUAUUUUCUUACACACCAAAUGUUUCAUGAAAUUUUUUCUUUAAAUAUUUUUUAAAAUUGGAUCAAAUGAGAUGAAAAGCAUUGAAGUUGAUCUGAUAAUCCAUGCCUUUCAUCUUGAUACAACUCCAUAGAUCAAGUUGCUUUAAAAAUUAUAUAUGCAGAAGUUUUAAAAUUGAAGACAUAAUCAUGAACUUUUUUUAUGAAGAGAAAAUAAGGUGAGAAGUAGGGAUUAUGAAUUCAGCAAUAUAAAUAAGUGUGAUUUUAUAAGUCUAAUUCGGAGCUUUAGUGAGUUUGUUGAAUAUCCCUUGUGAAUUCUACACAAGUCUUGGUUGUGUAUGACUGAUGACUGCAAAGCGAUGUUAAUCGUGUUAAUUUUUAUACGACUACCUUCAAAAUGUGUUUUAAUAUUGAUCUACAUGUAAAUUUCUGAGUUUUCAUAUGCUGGUGUCAUUUUAGUAUGUUGAUGUGUUUGAGGGUGAGGGUGUGUGUGUUUUGUGUUUAAAAUGUGAAAGGUGGGAAUCUCUGAUGAGCUGUGUGAGUGAGUGAGGAGGUAUCUGGUUGUUGAUUCUUGUGUAUGUACAAAUACAGGGAAAACUGUAUUUACUUUGAUGACAUUAAUGAAAAUAAAAGUAAUGAAAACAUGA